CCGAUCUCCUAUCCUAUCCAAGGCCAUUCAUUUCGCGACGCGUGCGAUCUGAUCAAGGCCGCAUGACCUCAGCGCCCGAACGGGGUUAGCGGGACCUAUCCGCUCAAUUACGUGGUCACGACACACGGGCCGGGAGACGCCGGGCGCACGGUGCCGCGGUGGGACAGCACGGAUGCUUCUGUCGAUCGUUACCCUCGCUGACAGCCUUUGCGGCAAUGCUCUCCGCUCGUCUGCAGCGGGUGCAUUCUGCGCGACCCGCGGCGGUGAGCGACUGCAGCCAUGCGAUAGGCCUGCUGCCCGUGCUGGCCCCCUGGCGAUGCGUCAAGAUAUCAUCAUCUGGGUGAAUAGUUCGUGGCGGAUUAGCGGAGAUUGUUUUCUAGGAAGGUCGGGGAAGCUAUUGUAAUACGCCGUGAUCCGAACAAGACACACUCGGCCCCCGGGUGAAUAUUUUCUACUGCCCACCACCCGGGAUUCCACGUUGUGCGGCUCAGGGGAUCUAGACGUUUUACGUGGAACAGGAGAGGCCAGGACCAUGGAACUAUGCAAUUAUGUAUUGAAUGCUCCAAUGCGCACUGACGAGCAGCGGCCCGGGCAUCUCCCGGCCUCGCGCACUAAAAUCUCCGCAACAGAUUUUUUGAUUGCGUCGUUAGUGUGUGGGUCCGGCCUCCGCUUUGGGACUGGAACAACUGACACUGGCCACGGGUAAUACUAUCAGCCGGGAAUAUAAGCUGUCCUCCACCCACGGCUGACCGAAUCUGACUUUCGCUCGUCGAAUCCCCGUCUUCGCCCCUCCGGCCAGCCAGCCAGCCAGCCAUGUCUGUGACACACCUCCCUCCGCUGCGCACCCCCUCGGGGUCCGGCCACGACCUGCAUGCCCCGCACAGCCUGCCGCCGCUGGCCAUCGCGAAUAUCAGCCCGCGCAGGAAUGGGUGCGAGGUGUUUCUUCUGCGGCGCUCCCACCCCUUGCUGAUGACGAUGCCACUCCCCACCAGCUCGACGUCGGCGCACAAGAUACAGCUGCCGAGCUUCCAGGCCUUGACGGCGCAGUGCAGCGACCUGCCACCUCUCCAGGCCGGCUCUCCCCGAUCAGCAUCAGCCUCGACCUCGAGUCUCUUCACGAAGGGUUUACUCCACUCUGGCACACCUCUCACGUCAACCCUUCCCCCGCUGAAAGUGCCCUCACGCCCACUUGACCGGGAGGCGCAGGCCAGGCAUCGAGAGGAGCACGAGACGAUCUUCGACCGCAAGAAACCACGCACGAUCGACCUCGUCGCCCGCUCUCCCCGCCCCUCCUCCGCAUCCGCGUCGUCGGCCUCGCCCUCCGAUCCGUACGCCUUCUCCUACGCGUCGCGGCGACACCCUGCUGCGUCGCACUCCGCGUCGUCCCUCGCCAGCAGCAGCGCCAGCGCCAGCGCGGCGAGCGAGACGAGCGAGCCGCCCGACGAGCAGCCGUUCUACUCCUCGACCUCGAGCUCGUCCUCGGUGUACACCCCGCACCAGCAUCCGCACGCGGCGCCCCGCAUCGCGCUGCCGCCCAUCUCGAUCGGCAUCGGCGCGCAGGAGCGGUACGCGCCGCCGUCACCCCCGCCGGGGCCCGGCCACAUGCAGGCCCGGCCGCGGCUGACGAUCCCGGCGACGCCGUCCUGGUCGCAGCCGUCCGCGCUGACGUCCCCGCGGCCGCCGUCCGCGCACGCGCACGCGGCGCCGCACAUCGCCAUGGGCAGCCCGCACGCGCAGUACCAGGCGUACCCGCCGGGGCUGUCCGCCCUCGGGCUGAGCGCGCCGCCGAAGCUGAAGUUCAACCACGCGAAGGCGGGCGGGCGGACGAAGAAGCAGGCGCUGUCGUGCUACUUCUGCCGCGAGCGCAAGAUUGCGUGUGGGCGCCCGGACGAUCCACAUGGGGAUCAGACCUGCAACCAAUGCGCGCGCCGGAAGAUCGCGUGCGAGUACCCGACUGUGUCGCACCGCGGGCAGCACUCGCGCAUCCGCAGUGCAGCGCGCAAGUCGACGGGCGGCUUGCAGGACACGCUCAUGACGCCGCCGCCACCCGAUGUGAUGACGAUGGACAGCCCGCUGUGACGCGUUCCUGGCCAUACUGCAUAUACCAGCCAACUCAUGUAUCGAUCCAUUCAUCCCCCUGUAAUUGCAUCGCAGCCAUACCACCUCGCUGGUAUAUCUCCCGAGAGAUGUCUAUCUCCGUGUAUCUGGUGUCUCGAUCUCGUUCGAACACGCAGCGGAACUGGGAUCGAAGCUGAUGCUGAUCGUUGCCCAGCGCCAGGCCCCCGAGCUGCCAGAACGCCGUGUCCCCGGGACAUGUAAAGCCCGUGCUGUGCCGCAGGUCGGCCGGGAUCCCGCUGCCGGUUGGUGCCUUUACAGCUGUUGCAGCAGUUAACAGCAGCAGCAGCGGACAUUGCAUGUCCUCGCUGGUGGAGGAUACUCCGCGUGCAUUCGUCCCGCUCUGUGCUGCUGCUGGUUCCAUCAGGUGGCGCCGCCGGCGCUUGACGGAGUUUCCCCUUCGGGUGGGAGUCCGCUGACGGUUAUUUUUCGCACAUCGGCACACGGGACAAUCUCCGCGUUCGCAUUCAUUUCCGUGCCUUCGGGCUGAUAUCGGGAUCCAGAUUCUCGCGCUCAGAUGUCAGUCAGUCAGUCAGGCUCUGGCUCUUGCUCCUCCUCCGGCUGCAGUUCCCAUCCCUGCGUAGGGUCCAGCUGGAGCACGCAUCCAGUCGGAACCUCGUGUGCCUGGAGUUGAGCCAGUGGCGGCUCCCACCUGCCCCCCACCAUGUCGAGAACUGGCGCGCUCCCCACGGGCACAUGCCGCGGGGAAGAUCUAUCUGUCAACGCUCGACAACCCACGGCGUUCCGUUCGGCGUUCCCCCCUCUCGUCCGUGAUCAUCACGAUGUGUCCGUGGUGUUCUCUGCGUUAUAUUAACGGCGUCCAUGCGUGCGAAAACCCGGUCCCGGCCGCCCCCUCUGCUGCUGCUGCUGCACGCUUCGGCUGCAGAGUCGAGAAGCCGCGCGCGCACACACAGAAGUGGGCGCAACGGCGUCGUGGGUGACACCGCUGGUCUAGUGUGAGCCACCCCCAUCGAUGUAUGUGCACAAUAUAAUGUAUCUCGAGCACGCACGGGUGAUCUUCGGAGGGGCGGUACUUAUCAACUGGGCGAGCGAUGCCACGGACUGCCUUGCGCUGGGUACGUACGCCGAUGCCUUUCCAGCUCUAGAAUCAUGUGCCAGAGCACACCGACGGGGGGCGAGAAGCUACUGCCCCCGACAACGUCACUGGACCAUCACUGGGUUGGAGAGGCACAGUGCAGUUUCACAUGCCCCGCAGCAGCAAAAACGCCGCUGCUGCGCGGGUAUUCGUGUGAGCCGGAUCCGGGUCCGGGUCCGAGGCGCGGGUGCAGUGCAGUAACAGUGAUCAUCGCAGCAUUGAGUCUGCCGUAAACAGAACAGCGAGUGCAGGUCAGAUACGCUACGAUAAAUACAUAGAUAAUAUAUACUAGACAACCUAAUUCGAUAGAUAAACACGAAAACAAUAAAUCACGAAUUGAAGAGAUAAAUAUCGCGGACACCCCCACUCACGCCACGCCUCUCACGCGUCGACGUCUUCGUCGUCGACAAGCCGCCAGGUGGGCGCAUCGCCCCGCGCACCGGUCGCACGCGGCACAGGCACCCCCGUCGCGCUGUGCGUCGCCGCGCCCGCGGGCACGCGCUUCCACGUCGGAGCCGUGGGCUUCGCAUCCGGGCUGGCUUCCUGGAGAUCAUAGAAAAAAGGGCGAGCGGCAUCAGCCGGCGCCUCCACGUGGAAUCCAUUUGGAGAAGCGACGCACCGCUGGCUCGGACUCGGCCUCGGUCUCAGCCUCGGCGGGCGCGUGCACCCAGGGCGGGGCGGUCGAUUUCUGUGCCCGGUGUUCCCGUCAGCUCCUGACUGGGGGACGGGCGAGAUGCCGUAAACACGCACCGCGAUUUCCCGGUCCUGGACUGCGUUCGGAAUCGCGUGCGGGUGGACCCACGUCGGCGGCGUCGACUCCUGUCCGAUCGAAUAGCGUUCGUUGUUAGACUGACAUCGAACCCCGGACGGGAAGGGACGAGAAGGCGUGUGGCCCUACGUACCGGCGCGUUGGCGACUUGCUCUACCGGAACAGGCUCGUCGCGCGGAUGGACCCACGUCGGGGGCGUGGAUUCCUGGUCCGGGUGUAUCAGAUUAGACGAGCUGGAUGAGCUGCUGCUGCUGGGCUACGCACAGGGACCGCUCUGUCUUGGACCUUGUUGUCCACUGGGUGGAUCCAGGCGGGAGCAGUGGACUCCUGUCACAUCUUGUCAGUCGAUCCGUGAGCACAGCUCGUGCCCAUCUUGGACUUGCCGGAGAGCCACGGACGAUCUUGCUGGGAGCGCGAUCCUCGCCGCUUUGGACGACAGGAACAGCACAGACGGUGCCGAUGACGGACAGGAAAGCAAUUAGCAUCGAAGAACGCAUUGUGUAAUGUUGGUCGAAAGAGCAAGCAAGAGUGAAACGGGAUGCAGUGAAAGAAGAAC